UUCCUGUAGUAUCAACGAAUCAAAACUGUACAUGUAAAAAAAAUCUGAACUUGAAGGUGUCAGCAAAAUAGGGGGGAUGGGAACUGUUGAUGGCAGUCAUAUUUUGAAACCGAAAUAUUAUUUUUGGGUGCAAUUUCUUCGUAUUCUUCUGUAAGGCUUGCAGAGGGCUGAAGUGACAUUGUCACUGAUGUCGACCCCUACGGACCCCUCGGGUGCGAUGUCCCACCCUGGCCCUUCUCCCGGUCCGGGCAUGUCUCCAGGACCCAUUCUGGGCCCCAGUCCUGGUCCGGGCCCCUCUCCUGGUUCUGUGCACAGCAUGAUGGGUCCAAGUCCUGGCCCGCCCAGUGUCCCGCACAGCCUUCCAGGCCAGGGUCCAGGAGAUUACCCCCCAGAAGGCAUGCAUCAGAUGCACAAGCCCAUGGAAGGCAUGCACGACAAAGGAAUGGGGGAGGAGAUGCACUUCGCCCAGAUGAAGGGCAUGGGCAUGAGAUCACUGCACAGCGGCAUGGGGCCCCCUCAGAGCCCGAUGGACCAGCUCAGCCAAGGUUACAUGUCCCCUCACCCGUCCCCCAUGGGGGUGCCCGAGCACGCCUCCAGCCCCAUGUCUGGAGGGGGUCCCACGCCCCCCCAGAUGCCCCCCGCCCAGCCCGGCGGGCCCAUCAUGCCGGGGGACCCCCAGGCCCUCGGGCAGCAGCAGCAGCAGGGGCGGGGCCCCUCGGCCUUCAGCCCCGUGCAGCUCCAGCAGCUCCGCGCCCAGAUCCUGGCCUACAAGAUCCUGGGGCGGGGCCAGCCGCUGCCCGAGAACCUGCAGCUGGCCGUGCAGGGCAAGAGAAGCCUGCCCACCAUGCAGCAGCAGCCCGCCAGCGCGCCCUACAGCAGGCCCCCAGGUAUGCCAGUGCAUCCCAUGGGCGGGCCUCCAUCGGGACCAUGCCCCACCCCUGGGAUGCAAGGACACGUCCCCAUGCCAGGACCGAAACCCUGGCCUGAAGGACAAAGCGGCGACGUGGCGGGCACCCCCCAGAAGCUGGCGGUCCCGGCGGCGAGCGGGAGGCCCUCCCCCGCCCCGCCGCAGUUGCCGUCGGCCCCGCCGCCCAUGCCCAGCACCUCGGUCCCGCAGCAGCAGCAGCAGCAGCAGCAGCAGCUCCCGGGGCAGCCCUCGCCCAUGUUCCAGAUGCAGCAGAAGCAGAACCGCAUCACGCCCAUCCAGAAGCCCCAGGGCCUGGACCCCGCCGAGAUCCUGCAGGAGAGGGAGUACAGGCUCCAGGCUAGGAUUGCUCACAGAAUCCAGGAGCUGGAGAAUUUGCCUGGUUCUUUGCCCCCUGACCUGAGAACAAAAGCGACAGUGGAGUUAAAGGCCUUGAGGCUGCUUAACUUUCAGAGACAGCUGAGGCAGGAUGUGGUGGCCUGCAUGCGGCGCGACACCACCCUGGAGACGGCGCUCAACUCCAAGGCCUACAAGCGCAGCAAGCGGCAGACCCUGCGCGAGGCCCGCAUGACCGAGAAGCUGGAGAAGCAGCAGAAGAUCGAGCAGGAGAGGAAGCGCAGGCAGAAGCACCAGGAAUACCUUAACAGCAUCCUUCAACAUGCCAAGGACUUCAAGGAAUAUCACCGGUCCAUCACCGGAAAGAUCCAGAAGCUGUCCAAGGCCAUCGCCACCUGGCACACCAACACGGAGCGCGAGCAGAAGAAGGAGACGGAGCGGAUCGAGAAGGAGAGGAUGAGGAGGCUGAUGGCUGAGGAUGAGGAGGGAUACCGUAAACUCAUCGACCAGAAGAAGGACAAGCGCCUGGCCUACCUGCUGCAGCAGACGGACGAGUACGUGGCCAACCUGACCGACCUGGUCUACGAGCACAAGGCCGCCCAGGCCGCCAAGGAGAAGAAGAAGAAAAAGAAGAAGAAGAAGAAAGUGGAUGAGAACCCUGAUGAAAUGGGUGCCAUUGGUCCGGAUGGGGAGCCGAUCGAUGAGAGCAGUCAGAUGAGCGAGCUCCCGGUGAAGGUGAUCCAGACGGAGACGGGGAAGGUGCUGCAGGGGACCGACGCGCCCAAGUCCAGCCAGCUGGAGGCCUGGCUGGAGAUGAACCCUGGAUACGAAGUGGCCCCACGGUCCGACAGCGAAGAAAGUGGCUCGGAGUUCGAGGACGAGGACGAAGACGAGGCGGUUUCCCGGGCCGAGUCCGAGGAGAAGAAGAUCGUCGACCCCAACGCCGACGACGUGUGGGAGACGGAAGCGCACCAGAUCAUCGCGUCAGCCAAACAGGACGUGGACGACGAGUACGCCGUCCCGACGGGGGAGACGUGCUCGCAGUCGUACUACGGGGUGGCCCACGCCGUCACGGAGAGGGUGGAUAAGCAGUCCACGCUGCUGGUCAACGGAAUGCUCAAGCACUACCAGGUUCAGGGUCUGGAGUGGAUGGUGUCCCUGUACAACAACAACCUGAACGGGAUCCUGGCUGACGAGAUGGGCCUGGGCAAGACCAUCCAGACCAUCGCGCUCAUCACCUACCUGAUGGAGCACAAGAGGCUCAACGGGCCCUACCUGAUCAUCGUCCCGCUGUCGACUCUGUCCAACUGGGUGUACGAGCUGGAUAAGUGGUCUCCCACUGUGGUAAAAAUCGCCUACAAGGGAACGCCCGCUCUGCGCAGGUCCCUGGUGCCUCAGCUCCGAAGCGGGAAGUUCAACGUGCUCCUGACCACCUACGAGUACAUCAUCAAGGACAAGCACAUCCUGGCCAAGAUCCGCUGGAAGUACAUGAUCGUGGACGAGGGCCACCGCAUGAAGAACCACCACUGCAAGCUGACGCAGGUGCUGAACACGCACUACGUGGCCCCGCGGCGCCUCCUGCUGACCGGCACGCCCCUGCAGAACAAGCUCCCCGAGCUCUGGGCCCUGCUCAACUUCCUGCUGCCCACCAUCUUCAAGAGCUGCAGCACCUUCGAGCAGUGGUUCAACGCUCCCUUCGCCAUGACCGGCGAGAGGGUGGACCUGAAUGAGGAGGAGACCAUCUUGAUCAUCCGCCGUCUCCACAAGGUGCUCCGCCCCUUCCUGCUCCGUAGGCUGAAGAAGGAGGUGGAGUCGCAGCUACCAGAGAAGGUGGAAUACGUGAUCAAGUGCGACAUGUCCGCCAUCCAGAAGGUUCUGUACCGGCACAUGCAGGGCAAGGGCAUCCUUCUGACCGAUGGCUCUGAGAAGGACAAAAAGGGAAAAGGGGGCGCAAAGACUCUGAUGAACACCAUCAUGCAGCUGAAGAAAAUCUGCAAUCACCCGUACAUGUUCCAGCACAUCGAGGAAUCGUUCGCUGAGCACUUGGGGUACCCACACGGCAUCAUCAGUGGACAAGACCUGUACCGCGCCUCGGGGAAGUUUGAGCUGCUGGACCGCAUCCUGCCCAAGCUCCAGGCCACCAACCACCGAGUGCUGCUCUUCUGCCAGAUGACCACGCUCAUGACCAUCAUGGAGGACUACUUUGCCUACCGCAACUUCCUCUAUCUGCGCCUGGAUGGGACGACCAAGUCGGAGGACCGUGCGACCCUGCUGCAGAAGUUCAACGAGAAGGGCUCCGUGUACUUCAUCUUCCUCCUGAGCACCCGGGCCGGCGGGCUGGGCCUCAACCUCCAGGCCGCCGACACCGUGGUCAUCUUCGACAGCGACUGGAACCCGCACCAGGACCUGCAGGCCCAGGACAGGGCUCACCGGAUCGGGCAGAAGAACGAGGUGCGCGUCCUGCGCCUCUGCACCGUCAACAGCGUGGAGGAGAAGAUCCUGGCCGCCGCCAAGUACAAGCUGAACGUGGACCAGAAGGUGAUCCAGGCCGGCAUGUUCGACCAGAAGUCCUCCAGCCACGAGCGCCGGGCCUUCCUGCAGGCUAUCCUGGAGCACGAGGAGCAGAACGAGGAGGAGGACGAGGUCCCGGACGAUGAAACGCUCAAUCAGAUGAUCGCUCGUAACGAGGACGAGUUUGAGCUUUUCAUGCGAAUGGACAUGGACCGGCGGCGGGAGGACGCGCGGAACCCCAAGCGCCGGCCGCGGCUGAUGGAGGAGGACGAGCUGCCCUCCUGGAUCAUCAAGGACGACGCCGAGGUGGAGCGGCUCACCUGCGAGGAGGAGGAGGAGAAGAUCUUCGGCCGCGGCUCCCGCCACCGGCGGGACGUGGACUACAGCGACGCCCUGACCGAGAAGCAGUGGCUGCGGGCUGUCGAGGACGGCAAUCUGGAGGAGAUGGAGGAGGAGAUCCGUCUGAAGAAGCGCAAGCGGCGGAGACACGUCGACAAGGAUUCCGGGAAAGAGGACGGGGAGAAGGCGAAAAAGAGGCGGGGCCGACCCCCAGCAGAGAAGCUCAAUCCCAACCCCCCGAAGCUCACCAAACAGAUGAACGCCAUCGUGGACACAGUUAUCAAUUACAGGGACGGGUCCAACCGACAGCUCAGCGAGGUGUUCGUCCAGCUGCCCUCGCGGAAGGAGCUCCCCGAGUACUACGAGCUCAUCAGGAAGCCCGUGGACUUCAAGAAGAUAAAGGAUCGUGUCCGUAACCACAGAUACAGGAGCGUGGGGGAUCUGGAGAAGGACGUCACGCUCCUCUGUCACAACGCCCAGACGUUCAACCUGGAGGGAUCCCAGAUCUACGAAGACUCCAUCGUGCUUCAGUCGGUGUUCACGAGUGCGCGACAAAAGAUCGCUAAAGAAGAGGAGAGUGAUGACGACAGCGCCGAUGAAGACGAGGAGGACGAGGAGUCCGAGUCCGAAUCAAAAUCGGUGAAGGUGAAGAUCAAGCUCGGCAAGAAGGACGACAAAGGCAAGAAGCGGCAGAGCCGGGCCAAGGCCAAGCCCGUCGUCAGCGACGACGACAGCGAGGAAGACCAGGAUGACAACGACCAGUCCGAAGGGAGCGGGAGCGACGAAGAGUGAGGAAGAGGAGAGCUGAUGCACAACACAUUUCUUGUUUUUUUUUUUGUUUUUUGUUUUUUUAAAGCUUUCAAUUGAUUGACUUUCCUCUCUUUUGAUGAAAUGUGUCUCUAUCUCUGAUCCCAACCCCCUCCUGCCCCCUCCCCCGCCCCCCCUAAACUUUUAUCUAUUCAGAAUACAUGACAGCACACAAUCCUCCAGACGGUUCACCUGUACACUUUUGUUAUGCAGUCAGACCCGGUGUAACGGCGGGAGAUGGGCCGGCCCUGUUCGACACUCAGCUCCGGGCGCGCGCCGCAGGCUGUCCCGCCCGCUCACGCUGCACGCUUGUAAAUAAAACUUUUAUGCAACGAGAAAAUGAAAAACUAAAAAAAAGGUAGAUAUUUACAGAAAAAGUUUGGAUCCAAAAGUAAGUUACGGAGUGCCGACGGGCAGUUCACUAUUCACGUAAUGCUUUUCUCGGACAGCGAUUUGCUGCGAAAGAAAAGCAUUAUGUAUAAAGUUUUUAACAGUGUUUAUAUAUUCUAGCUCAAUAGAGAAGGCUCGUGUAAUCUGAUAGUAAUCUGUACCAGUGCCGCAGUUCAGCUCGCUCACCAUAAAUUAUACAGAGAAGUUAAACGCCGCUGUACAGUACAGGGACAUAUCCAUAUCCAUGCCUUGAGUUUCUGACUUCAGCCUUAGCUGAGCUUGGGGAGAUGGUUCUGGAGAUAGCGUUAUUUUGCAGGAGCGAGCUCUUGUCGGCAGGUUCCAGCGAGGGCAAGCCCUCCCGCGCACCGUAAGGGCUUGUCCUCAAACUCAAACGCCAGAGGCGAAAAACUCUCCGGUCCCUUACGCGCGUAACGGACGUCAUUUCUGUUUUCGUUUAACCGAUUCGGCGGCUCAUCUCAUCGUGUUUCUCGAUGUAUUAACGGCCUUGCAGCUAUGGAUAUUUUUAUACUCUCGGUUUAAUGAUGCUAUUUUUGUUGAAUGUUGGAAAAAAAAAAUGCCGUACGUUAUUUGCCUUCUUCGUCCUGUACUCGCUUAUUCGCUCCUCGAAAACGUAAAAAGUAAAGAGCUUUUCGUUUAACGUCUCGGUUAGCAGACUCUUAAUAGCCGCGGAAGUGAACCCAUUUUGGCACCUAAGUGUUUUGAGCGUACUCUUUCCUGUGACAUAUGCUGUUUAAUGUGCAGCCCGACAUGACCCCCCCCUCCCCCCUCCCCGGCCCCCUCUUCAGACAUAUCUUUAUUGAUGUGCGGUCAGUGCUAGCCCCCAUCUUUCCCCAAAGUGUAACUUAAUCUUUGCUUUCUUUGCACAAUGUCUUUGUGGUUGUAACCCAUAGCCCGAGGCAAAUAAACUUCACUGAUUUUGAUUACC